CGCAAGCACAUUAGUUGCUGUGCAGUAAAGUAAUAGCUUCGUAGGGGGCGAUUUUAAAUGAAAAGAUACAAUGGCUCAUAGAUUCCUAGAGUCGUAAAUACAUAGCCUGUGGGUUCUUACCCAAAACAACGCACGAAAUGGCGGUAAACUUAGGAUUUAUUCGGGUCAGCUCCCUACAGCUCUUCUAUAAUUCAAGAACAUAGAUGGACGUUUGAGAAGAAAAAGAAGAGGAUAAUUCGAGUUUUGAGAGGGACUAUGGUGAAGGACAACUUACCUAGCUGGGCCCCGGACCCAGGAGAUAUGCUGGUGGAUAUCAACGUUGGAGGGCUGAAGCGCAGCAUGUUCUCCAGCACGCUGCGCAAGUUCCCCGAUACUCGUCUGGGACGCUUAUUGGCCUGCGAGUCUGAGGAGGCUAUCCUGCAGGUCUGUGACGACUACGACGAGCAGCUGAAGGAGUUCUACUUUGACCGCAACCCGGGUCUCUUCCCUUACAUCCUGCACUUUUACCAGACGGGCAAGCUUCACAUCAUGGAGGGGGUGUGCGUUUUCUCAUUUUGCCAAGAGAUUGAGUACUGGGGCAUCAAUGAGUUCUUCCUGGACAGUUGCUGCAGCUACCGUUACCAUGAUCGCAAGCUGGAGAACCGACACAAGAACUGGGACGAGGACAGUGACGUAAGCAGUGUGGACACAUCUGUAGAUGAAAUCUCAGACCUCAACAAAGACAUCUUGCUAUUCCAGGACAUGAAAUGUGGCAAUGUCCGUCGGUGCUUAUGGCUGACCCUGGAGAACCCAGGCUACUCCAUCCCCAGCAAGCUCUUUAGCUUAUUGUCCAUCUCUGUGGUCCUGACCUCCAUUGCAACCAUGUGCAUUAACAGCAUCCCAGAGUACCAGGUCUACGACCAGAGUGGGAAGCAAAUAGAGGACCCCACCAUGCAGACGAUAGAGACCUUCAGCAUCUGCUGGUUCACUUUCGAAGUGGUGAGCCGCAUGCUUCUGGCACCAAACCGGUGGAAGUUCUUUAUGAUGCCACUCAAUAUGAUUGACAUCAUCUCAGUGUUGCCUAUCUAUGUCACUCUACUCUUUGACUUGGUGGUGGGCAGUGAAUCCGAGCUAGGAAACCUGGGAAAGGUGAUGCAGGUGUUCCGACUUAUGAGGAUAUUCCGAGUGCUGAAACUGGCCAGACACUCAACAGGCCUACGGUCACUGGGAGCAACACUAAGGCACAGCUACAGAGAGGUUGGCAUCCUGCUGCUUUACCUGGGUGUGGGCGUGUCCGUGUUCUCAGGCAUGGCUUACACAGCUGAGUAUGAGGAGGACGUUGGGCUGGACACCAUCCCAGCAUGCUGGUGGUGGGGGACCGUUAGCAUGACCACUGUGGGCUACGGGGACGUGGUGCCCGUCACGGUAGCGGGCAAGCUGGCCGCCUCCGGCUGCAUCCUCGGCGGGACUCUGGUGGUGUCCCUGCCUAUCACUAUCAUCUUCAACAAGUUCUCCCACUUCUACCGCAAACAGAAAGCCCUGGAAGCGUCAGUGCGCAACAGCAACAAGAAGAAGCUGAAGAUGGACGUGGAUGCUGGAUCCGACGGGGACAGUCAGUAUCUAGAGGAGGAAGAUGACGACGAUGAUGACGAUGACGGUGGGGUGGUGAACUAUAGUUACAUUGAGCACUUACCUCCUGUAGACAGAAAGAAAGAACUUUACCAGCUCUGAGUUACAAAUCUUAUCUACACAUAGCUUUAAUCCUCAAAUAUUCAACACUUAUACAUGGGAUAUCUUGAUAUUAAAAUCAAAGACAUUCAUUUUCAGUAUUGCUUCCCUGAAGCAUGAUACACUAUAGAAUUUAAGAAGAGUAUUCUCUCUUUCCCUGGCUAAAUGGCUGAACUACAUGUCAUGGUCUUGAAAGAAUAUGUUGAUCCUGCAUAAAUGAAAACAUUCAGGCUACAAUAUAGUUACAUUUGGCAGUACCCUGUUUACAGCAUGCUCAAAAAUAACUGUGCAGGACCUCUGCUUGCUUUUAUGACUGUCUGCCUUGAUCCCUGAUCAAUCAGCCGUGGCUCUACACUUAAGUUUCACAGUUUGGAUAUGUCUUGAAGGGAUUACUCCUCCUGGGAACAAUUUACUCAAUUCUUCUCUUUUCACACCCUGCACAAACUGCCCACCUCAAACACAGUCUUCUGAGUCCAUAACACAGUGCAGCGCUGUAAUGUACAUCCCACCACUAAUGCUUUCAAACUGCACUCCAAGCUCACUUUCCGUAAGUUUCCGUUUUUUGGAUGCGCAUUAUAUGUAAUAUAAGCUUCUUUUUCACAACAUAUUGUCCGUUAGGCCUAUAUCUACAUGUCUUCCAUCAACCAUAUUAUGAAUCUGAAGAAAGACCAUGUAUUUUGUGAAUGUUACAGCUGUUAAAACAGAACCAAUGCUGCAUUCUUUACUGAGGCGUUAAAAUGCCAUUAAAAAUAGAAGGCAAAAUACAUUCUAUAAUAACUUAUUGUAAUGUUUUCACAGAAAACAAGUAAAACAUGUCAAAUAUU